AUGCAUACCUACUCCUUGUUGAGCAUGGUCCUCCUGCUCGACAUUAUUGUCCAGUCAACUCAGGCCGCCCACUAUGCCCGUCUUCUAAUACGUGAACUUACGCGGUAUCAGCGACUAUGCGUGCCUUUUUUGCUGGGCUUAUCUCCGUUUUGGCUGUUGUACGUCACCGUGCUUGCUGAGAACAUCGUGGUCACUGUAGGCCAUAAUACGACAAACAAUGCCAGUGCGGUGUUCCAGCCCCAGAGCGUGACUGCAAAGCUCAAUGAUAUCGUCGUUUUCAACUUUACGGAGGGAAAUCAUACCGUCACCCAGUCCCUUUUCUAUGCACCAUGUAUUCCCGCGAACGGCGCCAACAACACUGUUAAUGGGUUUGAUUCGGGAUUUCGUGACACCGUUAACGGCACUGCGAUAACCAUCCUUACUGUCCCUAUCACCACCGACAUUGAAAACCAAACGCUCUGGUUUUUCGACUACAACACCUGUGGCGAAGGGGGCGUGGGUGUGAUUAAUGUUAACGAGAGCAGCUCAGAAACGCUAGAAGGAUUCGAGCGCAAUGCUGUUCGUCUUAAUGGUACAGCUUCUUCUUCCACGUCUUCUAGCAUGAGUCGAACUUCGACGUCGACGUCUGCCUCAUCAACGGGAGAUUCAGGUUCCAACGAUGCCCAGCGCACCGUUGCAUUUGUAGGAGCAGCGAUGAUCCCCGUUAUCUUGUUAUCGGUGUUCCUUUAGACCGAUUCAAGACCGAUUGGAGCAUGCCUACUGAAAUUGUUUUUCUUGGGUUUUAUCCUUGUCAGACCGUGACGCUUUAUUUAUUAACGAUUGCAUCAUGAAUUUUUGUUCUCCUUCAAUGAUACUCUGAUACUCUGAUACUUCCUCAUCGACAAUUGUAAUCUGUUGCUUAUAAUUAUUGUACCCUGAUCCUGCAGUUUUGUUUUGUGUUAGAAUAACUGCUAUCGAUUUUAGGUCCCUUUUUUUU